AUGAAUUAUAACUGCGAAAUACAGAACAGAAACAGUGAUAGUGUUGACAAUCAGGUCAGUUUGCCCCCUAUUCAAGUUCUGUUCAACUCUAUAGAAGGACGGAGUGUGCCCAAGCUAGCCUUUUCAAAUACAGAAUAUGCACACAAUAAGCUACGGUCCAGUAGUGUCGAAGAACAAACCUAUCCCGCGCCUGUGCUAUUGCCGCAGCUUCCGGUCUCGUAUCCCGCACUCAAUCCCGGUGUCAAGACCAACGCUAUUUCCACUACUGCAACUCCUACUACGCAAUUCCCACUUGAGGGUAGAAACGAAUCAGAAGCGGUGUUGGAGAAUGUAAAGCCGUGCUACAAAUCUGCUCCAAUCUACGAAAUAAUCAAUAAGGAAACGGAUAUGCUCACACAGGUCAAGAGGUCAAUUCCAGAUUUUGAAGAUUCUAAGUCGAAGAGAAAGCAGAAUUCGGGCAGAAGGUCCAAUCUACCAAAAGAAACGGUGCAAAUAUUGAAUACCUGGUUGCUAAACCAUCUGAAUAAUCCCUACCCUACACAACAAGAAAAGAGGGAAUUGCUUAUCAAAACCGGGCUGACCAAAAUUCAACUGUCCAAUUGGUUCAUAAAUGUGAGGAGAAGGAAAAUAUUCAGUGAUUAUUAUACCCUAGUAAACUCGUUCCCUAAUGACAAUGCUAACAAUACCCCAAUGGAACAAGCACAGAAUGCUUCAGUAUACCAUAACACAUUAACAGCUGCAAAUAACACCACAUACGAUGCCACGUCAACCUGUUCUACUGAUUAUGAAUUAUCCAAGAGAUUUGCUCAUGCCCCAGUUACGCGGCGUAAGAAAUUGAUCGAUAGGUUGGAAGAAUUGAAGAAGCUGUCCAACCCCGAUAUGAAUUGA